AACAAAUCAGGAGUAGGCAGUAGGCACAAGUGCAACAGUUGCAUGUCCUUGUGUUAUUGUGCCGGUAAACGAAUAAUUGUCAAAAAACUGUACGGUGAAAAGGACUAGCUGUUAUCGUUGGCACUAAUGCUAUAAUAUGAAGAUAAGUGUUGAUGGUUUAUUAGUAUAUUUCCCGUACGAUUACAUAUAUCCUGAGCAAUAUGCAUACAUGCUGGAUCUUAAACGAGGACUCGAUGCAAAGGGUCACUGCCUUUUGGAGAUGCCCUCGGGUACGGGUAAAACGAUAACACUGCUGUCUCUAAUUGUCGCCUACAUGCUAGAACAUCCUCAUCAAGUAACAAAACUUAUUUAUUGCUCACGUACUGUACCUGAAAUUGAAAAGGUCAUAGAGGAAUUGAAGAAGUUAAUAGACUAUUAUGAAAAAGAAACCAAGGUUUUACCAAAAAUUAUUGGUUUGGUACUUAGUUCAAGAAAGAACAUGUGUAUUCAUCCAGAGGUCAGUAAAGAGAGGGAAGGUAAAAUUGUAGAUAGUCAGUGUCAUGCUCUCACAGCUUCUUAUGUGAGAGAAAGGCAUAAUUACGACGAAUCCACGCCAGUUUGUGGCUUCUAUGAGACAUUUGACAUAGAAGGACGAGAAAUGAUGAUGCCACCUGGUAUAUAUUCCAUAGAUGAUAUGAAAGAAUAUGGCAAAGAUAGAAAUUGGUGUCCUUACUUUCUUGCUCGAUACACGAUAAUGCAUGCACAAAUAAUCGUCUACAGUUAUCACUAUUUGCUUGAUCCAAAAAUAGCAGAAGCAGUAUCAAAGGAACUGGCCAAAAGUUCAGUUGUAGUCUUUGAUGAAGCUCACAAUAUUGAUAAUGUAUGCAUAGAUUCAAUGAGUGUCAAACUAAAUCGCAGAACAAUGGAAAAAAGUUGUGCAAAUUUAAGUCUACUGGAAAAGACUGUUGCAGAAAUGAAAGAAGAUGAUGCAAAUAAACUAAAAGACGAAUACAAUAAACUAGUAGAAGGGCUAAAAGAUGCGCAAGUUGCUCGAGAGACUGAUGUAGUAUUAGCUAAUCCGGUUUUACCAAACGAAGUCUUAGAAGACGUUGUACCAGGUAACAUCCGCAAAGCCGAACACUUUGUCGGUUUCCUCAAGCGUUUCGUCGAGUACCUGAAAAUGCGUCUACGAAUCCAACACGUCGUUCAAGAAACACCAGUGACGUUUUUGCGCGACGUCCAAGCGAAAAUUUGCAUCGAACGUAAACCCUUGCGUUUCUGCGCUGAACGCCUUGCCUCACUUCUUCGGACUAUGGAAAUCACGGACCUUACCGAUUUCUCACCUCUUAUUCUCGUAACACAUCUUGCAACGCUUGUAGCUACUUAUACCAAAGGUUUCACGAUUAUCAUCGAGCCAUUUGACGACAAAGCACCUACAGUACAUAAUCCCAUACUGUACUUCUCAUGCCUGGAUUCGUCGAUCGCGAUGAAACCGAUCUUCGACAGGUUUCAAUCGGUCGUAAUCACAUCGGGUACUCUCUCACCACUGGACAUGUAUCCGAAGAUUCUGAACUUUCAUCCUGUUAUCAUGUCUUCGUUCACAAUGACUCUAGCGAGGCCUUGCCUACUUCCAAUGAUAGUUUCAAAAGGCAACGAUCAAGUUGCGAUAUCUUCAAAGUACGAGACUCGAGAAGACGUUGCAGUGAUAAGGAAUUACGGGCAAUUGCUGGUCGAAUUUGCUGCUAAUGUUCCUGAUGGCAUCGUUUGCUUUUUUACUUCGUACUUGUACAUGGAAUCAGUCGUAGCUGCUUGGUAUGAUCAAGGUAUACUGGAUCAGAUUCAAAGGUACAAACUCAUAUUUAUUGAGACGCAAGACGCGGCCGAAACCAGCCUGGCUUUGUACUACUACAACAAAGCGUGUGAUAAUGGUCGAGGCGCCGUUUUGUUAUCAGUUGCGAGAGGAAAAGUUUCCGAGGGUGUAGAUUUUGAUCAUCAUCUCGGAAGAGCUGUGCUCAUGUUCGGUAUACCCUAUGUUUACACACAAUCCCGAAUUUUGAAGGCACGUCUGGAGUAUUUAAGAGACCAGUUUCAGAUUAAAGAAAACGACUUUUUAACAUUUGAUGCUAUGAGACACGCAGCUCAAUGUGUCGGUCGUGCCAUCAGAGGAAAAACCGAUUAUGGUAUUAUGGUUUUUGCGGAUAAGAGAUUUUCUCGAAUCGACAAGAAAAGCAAGUUGCCUAAAUGGAUUCAAGAGUAUCUUACAGAUAAUCUUUGUAAUCUGUCUACAGAAGAAGCAAUACAGAUAUGCAAAAGAUGGUUACGUCAGAUGGCCCAACCAUUCUCGAGAGAAGAUCAACUAGGACUCUCGUUAUUAACACUAGAACAACUACAAAAUAGAGAACAAGCAAAAAUUGAAGAGCAGGCUCAACAAAAUUAGUCGAUCUACAGUUUGUGAGGUAUACAAAAAUAACUUAACGGUAAUUGAAGUUUUGGACAACAGAAAUAGGUUGUAUACUAUUUGUCUGUAAGGUAAAAAAUGUUGAACAAAUGAUUGCGUUGAAAAAAGUUUAAUAACAAAGUACGGCAGCGAAUUAUUAACAUUAACAGUGUAAAAAAUACAGUUAUAUCUAUAAAUACUAUAUUAAUUUAAUAUCACCAGCGCACGAGGAUUAGAUCACCUUCAUCGAUGAGGUAAUAGCUUAGUUCUUGUAGUGGCUUGUCCAGCGGUAUUUCGUCUUCGGAAACCUGUGUAAAAUUUUACGUGACCAUUAAAACAAAGUUUUUUAUACA